UUGCAGAGCGCACGAUUUACCCCAAUCCCUGUAGGUGAGUUGGAGAACAACGGCUGCCCUAUUCAACUAAUAACCGACUGUUCUGAUGUAAUGACCCAGAAUCUUCAGAAAAGACCAGAAAUGGUGUCAAGUCAGCCAGUCAAUAUUGUUGAUAGUGGCAAACGCAACAAGAAAAAGAGAAGAACCGGAGCACUGGACAGUUUCACUGGGAGGUUUGAAGAUUUAUACAGGUUGACUGAUGAACAAUUAGGAGAAGGAACCUAUGCAAAGGUCCAUGGCUGUGUUAACCUGCACAGUGGAAAAGAAUAUGCUGUAAAGGUAAUUGAGAAGAAGUCCGAUUUGAGCCGAAGUAGGGUGUUCCGUGAAGUUGAGACUUUAUAUCAAUGUCAGGGAAACCAGAACAUUCUAGAGCUGAUUGAAUUUUUUGAGGACGAAGCAAAGUUUUACCUGGUGUUUGAAAAAAUGCAUGGAGGUUCGAUCCUGACUCACAUUCAGAGAAGAAAGCAUUUCAAUGAGAGAGAAGCAAGUAUUGUUGUGAAAGACAUUGCAUCUGCCUUAAAUUUUCUACAUACCAAAGGUAUUGCACACAGAGAUCUGAAGCCAGAGAACAUCCUGUGCGAAUUUGCAGAACAGAUAUCCCCGGUGAAGAUUUGUGACUUUGAUCUUGGUAGUGGUGUGAAGUUAAGCAGUGCAUGUACGCCUAUAACCACUCCUGAGUUGAUGACUCCGUGUGGUUCUGUGGAAUACAUGGCUCCUGAAGUGGUUGAGACAUUUACAGAGGAAGCAUCAUUUUAUGAUAAGCGUUGCGAUUUGUGGAGUCUUGGGGUAAUUUUGUACAUCAUGCUGAGUGGAAACCCACCCUUUGUGGGGAAUUGUGGAACCGACUGCGGUUGGGACAGAGGAGAGGCCUGUAGGGCUUGUCAGAAUAUAUUAUUUGAGAGUAUACAGGAAGGCAAAUAUGACUUCCCAGAAAAGGACUGGGCACACAUUUCUAAUGACGCCAAGGAUUUGAUUUGCAAGUUGUUGGUUCGUGAUGCGAAGGAUAGACUCGGUGCAGCACAAGUUCUUCAACAUUCAUGGGUGCAAGGGAAUGCCCCAGAAAGACGCCUGCCCACACCACAACUUCUGCAGAGGAAUAACAGCACAAAGGACCUGACUCAUUUUGCUGCAGAAGCCAUUGCCUUCAACAGGCAACUCUCACAGCAGGAUGAGGAGAUGCAAGGAGAGCAGGAAGUCAUCAUCAAGACUGUUUGUUCCAUGCGACUUUCUCCACCCUCCAGUUCCAGACUUGCUAAACGCAGGGCCAAGACACAGGCUGCAAAAUCUCCCCCAUAAGUUAUCCGCAAGAGGAAUAAGUGUCAGUGAUGGUGUUUCUUAACGGAUAUGAAUUAUUUUUAAUCUAAUAUAAAGCUGGCAUAUACUUGCGUACCUCGUACAGGAAUCAAAAUCAUGCUUGUGUUAGAAUGGGAUUUCAUCCAGGGAUUGUUGUACUUCAUUUUGUGAAAAUGUUUAUUUAAGCAGAACAAUAAUGCACAGUCUGUAACACUUCAGUUAAUUUUAAUAUUUGUAUAUGAAGUACCCUUGUGUGAAUAUAUUUUUAAACUGCAUGCAGAGUCUUACAAAAGAGGAUUAUAAUAUAUUUAUUUUUUAUCUUGGCAUUUGCAUCACUUUGAAAUAUUUUGUAUUUUAAGAGUUUGCAUAAUAUGUAUACAUAUACAUGCCAAUUCAGAAAGAAGGAGUGAAGUAUGUACAUUAUCACAAAGAAGAAGUCAACUCUUCAGUUUAGUGUGAAGGCACACUUGCAUUAUUGAAGCUCAUCACAUUUAACUGAACAAAAUACUUCAGGUUAAUAGAUCCAAUAAUGUGAUUACAAUUUAAUAACUUACCUUUGUUGUGAGGGAUUGGAAAUAUUGCUGAGAUAGCACAAGGAUUUUAUGAUACUUUAUUUUGAGUUAAACGAGCAGUUCCGGUUUGUAAAGGUUGUACAGGCCUUUUUGAUGCUGUGUAGAUUUGCAAGGUUGAUUUUCAUGAUGAGGAGAUUGACCUAUGAAAAUAGAUUUGAUAAGAAAGCCCUAUAUACACAAAGGAUUUGGAAGAAUGGGAGAUGGCCUCAGUUAAGACAUGCUAGAUCAUGAGCGGGAUUGGGAUUCUGCGAGACCGUUUAGUAUAGCAGUAGGAUUCAGAACAAGGGUGCAGAAUCUCAGGCUAAUUGGUCUGCCUUCAAUGGAUGGAAAAUUUAUUUUGGUCAGAUGGUCAUGAAUCUCUAAAAUUCUCUACCUCAUGGAGCUGUGCAUGCUCAGUCACGUGAGUAUUUUCAAGGCUGAUAGCAAUAGAAGUUUAGACAGGAAUUAUUGUUAUGGAGAAUGAGUAGCAAAGUAGCUGGAAGCAUGUAAUCUUAAGAACAAGCUUCUUCUUGCGUAUGGCGUGCACAGCCUAAAGUUGUAGGACAACUUGUUCUAUUUGAUCUUACUUGAUUGUGCACGCCAGGUUGAUUGCAUUCGUCGAAACAGGGCGGACCACGUGAAGGUUGCAAUCUCCCACCCCAGGAAGAACAAGCUGCUUCUGUUUCUUGUAUCAGGAAUUCCUCACACCUUUCUUUCAUCCCAUCCCUAGUGAAAUAAAUAACAGCAUGGCUGAAAUCACAAUUUGGGCGUAGAAGCCAAUGAGUUACUAUUUUGAAGCAACCCUCUCACACUUGAUUGGUCUGAUGAACAAAAGUGUAAGGAUCGCCACAAAAUCGCCUAUUGAGAUUAAAGACUAAAAGCAUCUUUUGUAUUAAAAUGUACCUAAUGCUUUUCUAAUAAAAUAUCAAUUCAAACUUUUUUAAAUAGAGAAAUUAAUUCAGUAAUAUUGGAAGAAUAGCUCUCAGUCCUGCAUUUAGAGUUAUUUUUCUUUCUAAAUGCUAAGGGAUAUGGGAUGCCUGAGCUCUUGCCAACUGAGUAGGUUUGGAGAAUAGGUCCUUUAACAUAUCUUGUACCUACAGCAAAACAUUUUUCUGCAGAUAUUCCUGUAGAAAUGCACCCCACAAAUCAUACUUUAAGGCAGACAUACUGACUGGAAGUGCUUGGAUACAUUUCCCAAACUGUAUGAUUGUGAAAGGAAACCUGCAUUUUUUCAAUUUAAUCUAAGAAACAUAAUUUUCCAUUGUAAACUUCCAAACAGGAAUAUUGCAUAAUCCAAUUUCUCAACAUUCAGUGUAGGAAAGAACUGCAGAUGCUGGUUUAUAUCAAAGAGGGUCUGAAGAAGGGUCUCGACCCGAAACGUCACCCAUUCCUUCUCUCCAGAGAUGCUGCCUGGCCCGCUGAGUUAUUUUGUGUCUAUCUUCUCAACAUUCAUACCUUCAAAAGACAAAGUUAAUUUCCUAUAAAAGCAGCAUCAAAAUUCUUAUUUUACUCUGUUAUGGUUGCAUGUCUAUGCUUCACAAUUCCUAAUUUCUCUCUCCAUAAAUUAUAGUCCACCUCUGACUUUCUGUUGAAGCCUCGCUUAUAGUUCAGUGCCAAAGAAUGACUUUUACAGCACAUGCUUCAUCAAAGUAGUGUGAGGAGAUCUUCCAGGAAUAGAAUGCAGGGAAGGAUGCCUUUCAUUGAUAUUUGGCAUUGAUUGAUCUUCAUCUGAGUGCUGGAUGAUUUACAUAACCCUCUUCACACUUCCAUCUCAUUCAAGUUGUUGAUGGGAAACCUGCCUUAAUAUUUCACAACUAAUCAAAUCAAAGAUUUAAUUACAUGGCCUGAUUGCUUUCAAGUAUAUUCAACAAAUAAAAUGGCAAUAAAGAUUCCAGAAAAGAGGAUUCAUCUAAUAAAACCUUCCCAGUCAUUUCAAUUCCAAUUUUCAUGGAAAGUUAUCUUCUUGAAUGCUUGAAAUAAAAGAUUCCACUGGAGAAAUA